AUGCAAUGUGAUUCUUUUGCACAUUAUGAAUUAUAAACAAUCUUAUCAGAAACAGAUUAUACUAAGAGAGCUACAAAAAUCAUUUGUACAAUAGGGUAAUAAUAAUUAUUAUAAUAUUUAUUAGUCCUGCUUGUUGGGAUGUCCCUACAUUAGUUUAAUUGAUUGAUGCAGGAAUGAGUGUAGCUAGACUCAAUUUUUCUCAUGGUGAUCAUAAGGUUCACGGAGAGACUGUGGCUAAAUUGAGAGAAGCUUUUAAAUAAAGGAAAGAAAAACCAGUGGCAAUUGCCUUGGAUACAAAAGGACCAGAAAUUAGAACUGGUUUAAAUAAAGAACAUAAAUAGAUUAUAUUAAAGAAAGGAUAGAAAUUGGAAAUAAGUAACAAUAAUCUUAUAUUCAGCCACCGAUUAUACAUUUGAAGGGACAUCUGAAUGUAUUGCAUGUAGUUAUUAAAGUUUAUGUAAAACUGUACAUAUUGGAUCAUAAAUCUUGAUAGCAGAUGGAACUAUAGUAACAAUAGUAGAUGAAAUAAAGGAAGUAAGAAAAAUUAUAAUCUUCAUUAAUAGUCCAGUGUAAUAGUAACAGUCUAAAAUGAAGCAUCAUUUGGAGAAAAGAAAAAUAUGUCAUUACCUGGAGCCAUAAUUGAUUUACCUACAGUUACUGAAAAGGAAGAAGAAGAUUUAGUUAAAUUUGGUUUAAAACAUAAUAUUGAUAUCAUCUUUUUGUCAUUUACUAGAAAAGCAUAAGAUAUUGAAGAUGUGAGAGAUAUUUUAGGACCUAGAGGCAGUGGAAUCAAGAUUAUAGCUAAAAUAGAAAAUUAAGAAGGAAUGCAAAAUUAUGAUGAAAUAUUAAAAUCAGCAGAUGGAAUUAUGGUGGCAAGAGGAGAUUUAGGAAUGGAGAUUCCACCUUAAAAAGUAUUCUAGGCUUAAAAAUGGAUGAUUAAAAGAGCAUUAGAUGUAGGAAAGCCUGUUAUUACAGCUACAUAAAUGAUGGAAUCUAUUAUAACUAAUCCUAGACCAACAAGGGCUGAGGCAUCAGAUGUAGCUAAUGCUGUAUUAGAUGGAACAGAUUGUGUUAUGCUUUCUGGAGAGACUGCUAAUGGAGCAUUUCCAGUUAUUGCAGUAGAAACUAUGGGAAGAGUAAAUUAUUUAUUUAUUAAUAGAUUUGUUGUGAAGCAGAGAAAUGUGUAGAUCAUGAAAAAACUUAUUGGAAUAGAAUUCAUGAUAGGGGAUAACUGGGAGAUAAAGAAGCUUUGGCUGCUUCUGCUGUUCAAAUGAGUUUUGAAACAAAAGCUCAUGUUAUCAUUUGUUUCACUCUUACUGGAGAAAUUGCUCGACUUGUUGCUAAAUAUAGACCAAGAGCUCCUAUUAUAGCAAUUAGGUUUUAGAUCUAAUCAAUUUAUUAGUACUGAAGAUAAAACAAUUAAAGGAUUAAGUAUGACAAGUGGAGUUACUUGCCUAAGAGUUCCAAGUUUUCAGGGAGUUGAUACUUUAGUAGAUUAUGCUAUUAAAUCUGCAAAGACAAGAGGAAUAAUUAAAACUGGAGACAAGGGUAUUGUUUUAUUAGGAGGGAGUGAGGAUAAUCCAGAUGAAUCUAACAUCUUAAAAGUAAAGAAAAUUAAUUGA